GCCGGUUGCAUGCCCAUUCCCUGAGUUGCAACUGCAUGUGGACCAUGUCGACUGCAAUUGCAUGUAUGCCACUAGACUCGCAACUGGGACUGUCGGCACCCAAAUGCAAUUCAUAUCCACCUCUGCAUUUUCAUAUGGGUUAUAGCUUGUCUUGUGGCCACCGCCGUCGAAGUGACGAAAUGGAUGCAUUUUUAUUUAUUUUUUACUUUUUGGGUGCCAAUUGCAUAUCCAUUCCCUGAGCUCAGGAAAGCCGGGGGUAGUUGCAUGUGUACACUAGGCAUGCAACUACAAGUGUCACCAUCCGACUGCAAUUGCAUGUCUUUUCAGCAUGGUUGUAUCUGGACUUUGUUUUGUUGGAGGGGCCGACGGGGAGUCUCACCAACGUCUUCUAACAUUCUGCGAGAAAUGUCUAGCCAUCACUAUUUUAAUUUAGAUAUAGGUAGAGAGAGAGAGGGGAGAGGGAGAGAGGACGAGAGAAGGUCACACACGGGGGCCCGUACCUCGAAGGUGUCUAUGACACAAGUCGCCGGCGUCGAGAUCCACGGCCACGCUGGUGCGACUUCAGGCUAACUCGCGCCCUGCAGAGCAGAUAAGGUACCUACCUGCCCAAGUAAAUCAAUCCCCACCGUUGUGUCUGCGCACCAAAAUGCAGCACCCCUACUCCAGUUUUCUCUCUAGGGUUCACCUAUGUGUGCCAAAAUUACCAUUCAUAGAGAGAUCCCAUAGCAAGAGACUAGUUUAAAUGUUAGAGUAACGACUGAGGUGCCAAUAAUUUUUUUGUUCUGCCUGUGUUUGUGUUUUUACUCGAGCGGAGCCCAAUUUCUGAUUGCUUCGAAAUGAAGGAUUCCCCUUUUUCUUGGGCAGUUUUUGAUGUGUCUAAUCGGAAAUGAAGUGGCCAAAAAAAUUUGAAGUAGCUUGUGAGCGGUUUUUGAAGUAGCCGCUGUCAGGUUCCAAGCACCUCUGUUUUUGUAAAACUGAUAAAAAGAGCUGAUUGUUUUCACCAACUGAACCCAACUCUAACCAAAGUGUGCGCGCACACAGAGCAACCUAACUUGUGCAUGGAAAUUUUUCAACGAGGCUCCUUUUCACUAAAAGAAGAAGCGGGGAACGGAAGGAUUUCUCGUCAUUUAGGUACAGAUGGGCCUUUUAGCUGUCUCUGUUCUGGGGUGUAGCUUUUUUUCUUUUGACAAAAAGACAAACAAACAAACAGCCCAAACAAAACAAAACAGAUAAAGAAAAGCCCAGAACUCAAGCCCAUAACAGAGGAAAUUAGAACCCACUAACCAGGGAGGCAGAAUAGCCCAAGUCAGCUCUAGGUGAGAUCAUUCGACUGAGAGUCGACCGAGUCCUAGACACACCCAUCACAGAAUGUGACGGUACUUGAAAGCCCUAUUUUUUAGGAUCGGUGUUUGAAUUUUGAAAGCCCUAACCCUAAAUGUUGUGGGGUCCAACUAAAAAAAAGUUGUGGUUUUUUACUCUGCUCACUCCAAAAUAUGCCGUCUCGUCUCUUGGAAAUCUGCAGCCACCGGAAUACAAGUUUCAGAUCGCGUGCCGCCCGUCACAAGACUCUGCCAGGUAGUUCAGUACAAUCAGCGAACCUAUCUCGAUUUCAAAAACACAAACUUGGAUGGUGUAGAUUUAAAAGAGGGUUGGUUACUGUUAGUAUCUCACCGCGAAUACCGACCGUGUCAUCUGGCAUGGUAUUAGGAGAGACGGUUCUUCCGAGGCUCCCGCACAUGGAAUCUAGUACGCGGCGGCGUCCGGCCAUGGGAGACACGGUGGUGCUGAACCCCGGGCUCGGCGUGGGCCACCUGGUGCCCAUGGUGGAGCUGGCCAAGAUCUUCCUGCGAGGCGGCCUCGCCGUCACCGUCAUCGUCAACGUCCCGCCGGGCAAGGCCACCGACACCUCGGCCGCCGUCGCGCGCGCCGCCGCGGCCAACCCGUCCGUCCGCUUCCACGUGCUGCCCACGCCGCCGGACGCCGACGCAGACGGCACGGUGGCCCCGGACGCCGCGGAGGCGCCCAACCCCUUCGUCCUCCUGCGCCGCAUGAACGCGCCGCUCCGCGACUACCUCCGCUCGGUGCUGCCCUCCGUGCGCGCCCUCGUCCUCGACAUGCUCUGCUUCUGCGCGGACGCCGUCGACGUCGCCGCCGAGCUCGGCGUGCCGGUCUACGUCUUCUACACCGGCAGCGCCAGCAGCCUCGCCGUCAACCUCUACCUCCCGCGCAUGCAGGCCCAGAUCGGCGACGCCAGCCUCGGCGAGAUCGGCGACGCGCCGCUCUCCUUCCCCGGGAACCGCCCCUUCAAGCCCACCGACCUCCCCGGGCUCGCGCUCGACCGCCACAACGAGGUGUACAAGAGCUUCCUGCACGCGUUCGAGCGGAUUCCGGAGUCCCGGGGCAUCGUCAUCAACACGUUCGAGUGGCUGGAGGACAGGGCGCUGCGCGCGCUCAGGGACGGCGCGUGCGUCCCCGGCCGCGCCACGCCGCCGGUGUACUGCGUCGGGCCCAUGAUCUCAGCCGGCGGCGGUGGCGGUGAAGAGAAGAAGCACGAGUGCCUGGCGUGGCUGGACGCGCAGCCAGAGAAGAGCGUCGUGUUCCUCUGCUUCGGGAGCAUGGGCACCUUCCCCAAGACGCAGCUGGAGGAGAUCGCCGCCGGGCUGGAGCGGUCCGGGCAGAGGUUCCUGUGGGUGGUGCAGAGCCCGCGCAGCGCGGACGGCGGGCCGGACCUGCUCGCGGACGCUCUCGGCGAGCCGGACCUCGCCGCGCUGCUGCCGGAGGGGUUCCUGGAGCGGACCGGCGGCCGCGGCCUGGUCGUCAAGUCGUGGGCGCCGCAGGCGGACGUGCUGCACCACCGCGCGACGGGCGCCUUCGUGACGCACUGCGGGUGGAACUCGACGCUGGAGGCGAUCGUGGCGGGCCAGCCGCUCAUCUGCUGGCCGCUGUACGCGGAGCAGAGGCAGAACAAGGUGUUCGUGGUGGAGGAGAUGGGCGCCGGCGUGGAGAUGGCCGGGUACGACGGGGAGGUGGUGGCGGCGGCGGAGGUGGAGGCCAAGGUGCGGUGGGUGAUUGAGUCCAGGGGCGGGGAGGCGCUGCGGGAGCGAGCCAUGGCUGCCAAGGAGAAGGCACUCGAGGCGCUGGACGAAGGUGGAGCAUCCCGGACGGCGUUUGCUGAGUUUCUUAGAGAUCUUUAGAGCCUGAUAUAGAACUUCGAUUAGAUUAUCGUCGUGUUACAGUUUUGUCGAAUCAUAUCACGUGAAAUGAAAAAAACAUAACUUAGAUUA